AUGGCUGGAUAUCAAAUUCCUGGAGCAAUAUUGCAAGAUGGGCACUCCACAACAAGACCACCAUACUUUAAUGCCGACACUGAAAACAAGGAAGAUGCUGAAACUUCAACAAUUGAUCUGGAGUCACAUGACAUUACUAAAGAACAACAAGAGACACUGCAAAUACAUGCAAAGGAAAUAGCUUUGCUCUACUGUGCAGUAAGUGGAGAAGAGUAUGCAAAAAUUUCAAAUUGUGACACUGCCAAAGAAAUGUGGGAUAAAAUUGAGGUCACUUAUGAAGGAACAUCAAAAGUAAGAGAAACAAAAAUUGAUGCUCUAAGACAUGAUUAUGAAGCCUUUAUGAUGAAAGACGAUGAGAACAUCAAAUCAAUGUUCACAAGAUUCAGCAAGAUCAUUGGAGAACUCAAAUCCCUUAGAGUAACCUGUACCAACUCACAACAAGUUAGAAAGCUUGUUAGAAGUCUUCCAAAGACUUGGGAAACCAAAGCAAUUGUUCUUGAAGAUGGAAAUCUGGAUAAGUUCACCUAUGAUGAAUUAAGAGGAAAUCUAAUAGCAUUUGAAAAGAAUCACAUACAAAGAUACCAGAAGGACGAAAAGAAGAAAAUGGUCGCCUUCAAGGCUCAAGUUGAAGAAUCUGAUGAUGACUUCAAAGAAGAAGAAGUGGCUAUGAUUUCUAGCCAUGUGAUAGAAGCCAUGAGAAGAUCAAGAAAUAACAGAAAAGGAAGCUCAAACUUUAGAAAAGAUGAAGAAUCUGAAGAAGGUGAAAAUGUGUGUUUCAUAGCUCUCGAAGGAAGCAGUAAGGAACACCACAAGAAAAAGAAAAAGGGAAAAUGGUAUCUAGAUAGUGCGUGUUCAAGACAUAUGACAGGCGACAAAAGUCUAUUCAAAUCAGUCGCUGACUUCAAUGGAGGAUUGGUAACUUUUGGAGACAACUCAACUGGAACGGUAAUUGGUAUUGGUACUAUUACUUUUGAUAAUUCUUGUGACAUUUCAAAUGUUUGGUUGGUAAAGGGACUUAAGUAUAACCUGUUAAGUGUAAGUCAGUUAUGUGAUUCAGAUCUUGAGAUAAGAUUUAGUAAAUCAGGUUGUGUCAUAGAAGACUCCUCUGGGAUAAAGAUUCUUCCUGGAAGCAGAAACAAAAAUGUGUACACUUUGGACUCUGUCAAAAAUCCUAAAGGUCAUAUAUGCCUAGCAUCAAUGGGAGAAGAUCCGUGA